AAGAAGAUGUGGCAAUACGCGGCUGUGAUUCUGCUUCUUUUUCUCGUUUUGUACUUUAAAAGGUACAAAUACUUGAAACAAUUUGAAAAAAUUGAUGGACCUAAACCAUAUCCAAUAGUUGGAAACUAUUUUUUGCUUAAAAAUCCGAAAAAACAUAUUGCUAUUUUCAACGAAUUUCAUAGCAAAUAUGGAAAGACCAUAAAACUGUUUACCGGCAUGUUAAUGAACUUGAUAACAACGGAUGUGAAACUCCUAGAGGUGGUCAUGAAUUCUCCAAACUUGACAAAUAAAACAAACGACUACAUUAUGUUAUUCAGUCGUUGGCUAGGCGAUGGUCUUCUCAUCAGUUCAGGUGAAAAAUGGAUAUCGCACAGGAAGAUUCUAACACCAGCUUUCCAUUAUAAAGCCCUAGAGGAUUUCAUCGAGGUAUUCGAAUCUCAUGGAAAAUUACUGGUGGGCAAUCUGUUGAAGGCCUCCAGCGAGGAAUGCAUGGACGUGCACACAAUAAUCAAUCUCUAUACGUUGGACGUUAUAUGCGAUACUGCGAUGGGAACUUCCGUGAAUGCCCAGUGCAAUCCCGAUCACAAAUACAUGAAAGCGAUAAAAACAAUGUGCGAAAUUGCACCGACGCGCCUUUUAAACCCGAUUUACAGGAGUGAAUGGAUGUACAAGUAUACAAAUCUCUACAAAAGUGAGAUAAAGGCUCUGGAAACUAUUAAAAGCUUUAGCCUCGGCAUCAUCGAGAAACGCAGACAAUUUUUGGAGUCGCGUCAUUCCGAUGAUGUUAACGACUACGACGAGUUUGGUAAACGAAGGAAGAUGACCUUCAUGGAUAUUCUGUUGAAGAGUACUAUUAAUGGUAAGCCAUUGACCAACGAGGAGAUUCGCGAGGAAGUUGAUACUUUCUUAUUCGGGGGACAUGAUACUACUUCAGCGGCAAUAAGUUUCACAUGUUACAACCUCGCAGAGAACCCGGAUGUGCAAAAACUGGUGUACGAGGAAAUUUGCCACGUGUUACCGACAGAUCACACAGUUACGAUCACUGAUCUUCAGAAUUUAAAAUAUUUAGAGAUGGUAAUUAAGGAAUCUCUAAGGCUGUAUCCACCAGUCAUGAUUUUUGGAAGAGUAGUGGAUAAAGAAGUUGUCUACAAUGGAAUCAAGUUACCAAAGGAUUUAAGAAUAGCCGUAAACCUGUACUCUUUGCACAGAGAUCCCGAUGAAUUCCCGGAUUCCGAGAAGUUUGAUCCUUUGAGGUUUACAGCUGAUAAACAGUCUAAACGCCAUCCGUUAGCUUACAUACCUUUCAGCGCCGGUCACAGGAAUUGCAUAGGUCAAAAAUUUGCUAUGCUUGAGCUUAAGUCGGUCAUAGCUAAAGUGAUCAAGAACUUCGAGUUACUUCCUGUGCCUGGAUUCACACUACAACUAACUUCCAAGGUCACGUUACAGUCAGUCAACGGAAUUUGCGUUAAGUUGAAUCCUAGAAGCGCUUGAUUCUCUGUAGUUUUUAAGAUAAAAUAAAUUGUAUCUAUUACUAUUCGUGAAGAUUGAUUUGCUGUAGAGUACAACUACUUGAAACAAUUUGAAAAAAACGAUGGACCUAAGGCGUAUCCAAUAGUUACUUACGAUUUAAAUUUUAUGAAUUUUUCUUUACUGUUAUUUUUUAAUACUUAAUUCGUCUUGAUUAAUGAUUUUUAAUUGGACAAUUUCUGCUGUAUCUCAUAAGAUAAGUGUUGUUUAAAAAUUGUUUUAUAAAUAUUUUAUUUUGUUAUCUUAAUAUUUUUUUUUCU